AUGUGUGUAGAUUACCGGGACCUGAAUCGGGCCAGUCCCAAGGACAAUUUUCCGUUACCACACAUCGAUAUCCUCGUAGAUAACACGGCCAAUUUCGCUUUAUUUUCCUUCAUGGAUGGUUUCUCUGGUUACAAUCAGAUAAAGAUGGCGCCCGAGGAUAUGGAAAAGACUACUUUCGUCACCCUGUGGGGAACGUUCUGUUACAAGGUGAUGUCCUUUGGACUCAAGAACGCCGGGGCAACUUAUCAACGGGCCAUGGUAGCUUUGUUCCAUGAUAUGAUGCAUCAAGAGAUCGAGGUCUACGUGGACGACAUAAUUGCUAAAUCUAAAUCUGAGGAAGAACACCUUGUCAACCUGCGGAAGUUGUUCGAAAGGCUUAAGAAAUAUCAAUUAAGGUUGAACCCCGCUAAGUGUACCUUUGGGGUCAAAUCAGGGAAAUUGCUUGGUUUCGUUGUAAGCCAGAAAGGGAUAGAGGUAGACCCCGAAAAAGUGAAGGCUAUCCUUGAGAUGCCAGAACCCCGUACAGAGAGGCAAGUCCGAGGUUUCCUGGGGCGCUUGAAUUAUAUUGCCAGAUUCAUAUCGCAGCUCACCGCCAUUUGUGAGCCGUUGUUUAAACUCUUGCGCAAAAACCAAACUGAUCGGUGGAAUGAGGAUUGCCAAGAGGCUUUUGGAAGGAUCAAAAAGUGCCUAAUGAAUCCUCCUGUGCUUAUGCCACCAGUACCUGGAAGGCCUCUCAUUUUGUACAUGACAAUCUUGGAUGAGUCAAUGGGGUGUAUGCUGGGGCAACAUGACGAAUCCGGGAAGAAAGAGCGCGCUGUUUACUACCUAAGUAAGAAGUUCACGACCUGUGAGAUGAAUUACUCCUUGCUCGAAAGAACGUGUUGUGCUUUAGUAUGGGCGUCCCAUCGCCUAAGGCAGUACAUGCUGAGCCAUACUACCUGGUUGAUAUCCAAAAUGGACCCGGUUAAGUACAUCUUUGAAAAGCCAGCUCUCACAGGACGAAUCGCCCGGUGGCAAGUCUUGCUAUCUGAGUUUGAUAUAGUCUACGUCACCCAAAAGGCGAUAAAAGGAAGCGCUUUGGCAGAUUAUUUGGCUCAACAGCCUCUUAACGACUACCAGCCCAUGCAUCCGGAAUUCCCGGAUGAGGACAUCAUGGCCUUGUUCGAGGAAAGGUUGGACGAAGAUCGGGACAAAUGGACUGUAUGGUUUGACGGAGCGUCAAACAUUCUAGGUCAUGGCGUUGGGGCAGUGUUGAUCUCUCCGGACAAUCAAUGUGUACCUUUCACAGCCAGGCUAGGAUUCGACUGCACCAACAACAUGGCCGAAUAUGAAGCAUGUGCCCUAGCCGUCCAGGCAGCAAUUGACUCCGAUGUCAAACUACUCAAGGUGUACGGCGACUCAGCGUUGGUAAUCCAUCAGCUGAGAGGGGAAUGGGAAACUAGAGAUCCCAAGCUGAUACCCUACAAAGCCUACAUCAAGGAAUUGGCUAAGACUUUCGAUGAGAUCUCCUUCCAUCAUGUUCCCCGCGAGGAAAAUCAAAUGGCGGAUGCACUUGCUACGUUGGCAUCUAUGUUCCAGCUAACACCGCACGGGGACCUACCCUACAUUGAAUUUCAGUGUCGUGGCAAACCCGCACAUUGUUGCCAAGUGGAAGAGGAACGGGACGGAAAGCCCUGGUAUUACGACAUCAAGCGAUAUGUCGAAGGCAAAGAAUACCCGCCAGAGAUUGCCGACAACGAUAAAAGGACAUUGAGGAGGUUGGCAGCCAGUUUCUUCAUGAGCAGAGGCACACUGUAUAAGAGAAAUCACGACAUGACACUCCUGCGAUGUGUGGAUGCCAAGGAGGCAAAUCACAUGAUCGAAGAAGUCCAUGAGGGCUCGUUUGGAACACACGCCAACGGGCAUGCUAUGGCCAGGAAGAUCUUAAGAGCAGGUUAUUACUGGCUUACCAUGGAAAGUGAUUGUUGUGUCCAUGUGAGGAAGUGCCACAAAUGUCAAGCAUUCGCAGAUAAUGUCAAUGCCCCACCACAUCCUCUGAAUGUCAUGUCCGCCCCUUGGCCUUUCUCCAUGUGGGGAAUAGAUGUCAUCGGGGCCAUUGAGCCCAAGGCCUCGAAUGGUCAUCGCUUCAUCCUCGUAGCGAUAGAUUAUUUCACCAAGUGGGUCGAGGCGGCUUCAUAUACCAAUGUCACGAGGAAUGUGGUGGUCAGGUUCAUUAAGAAGGAGAUUAUCUGCCGAUAUGGUUUGCCAAGGAAGAUUAUCACGGACAACGGCACCAACCUGAAUAACAAGAUGAUGGGGGAAAUGUGCGAGGAGUUUAAAAUCCAGCAUCACAAUUCCACACCCUACCGGCCAAAGAUGAAUGGAGCCGUGGAAGCGGCCAAUAAGAAUAUCAAAAAGAUUAUCCAAAAGAUGACCGUGUCAUACAAGGAUUGGCACGAGAUGCUCCCAUUCGCGUUACACGGUUACCGGACUUCAGUGCGAACGUCAACUGGGGCAACGCCGUUCUCAUUGGUAUAUGGGAUGGAGGCGGUGUUACCGUUUGAGGUAGAAGUCCCGUCAUUAAGGAUCUUGGCAGAAUCCGGGUUAAAGGAAUCAGAGUGGGCUCAAACACGCUACGAUCAGCUCAACCUCAUUGAGGGUAAGCGCUUAACAGCCAUGAGUCAUGGGCGCUUAUACCAGCAGAGAAUGAAGAGUGCAUUCGACAAGAAAGUACACUUACGCAAGUUCCAUGAGGGAGACCUUGUGCUAAAGAAAAUGUCCCAUGCUGUCAAGGACCAUCGAGGGAAAUGGGCCCCGAACUACGAAGGGCCUUUUGUUGUGAAGAGGGCUUUUUCCGGAGGAGCCCUGGUGCUUACCAACAUGGAUGGCGAAGAGCUACCUUCACCCGUGAACUCUGAUGUCGUCAAACAA